AUGGCUAACUUGGCGUCGACGUACUGGAACCAGGGCCGAUGGGAUGAGGCAGAGACGCUUCAGGUGCAGGUGAUGAAGAUAAGCAAGACCAAGCUUGGGGAGGACCAUCCGUCGAUGCUGACUAUCCUGGCCAACUUGGCGUCGACAUACUGGAACCAGGGCCGAUGGGAUGAGGCCGAGAGGCUUGAGGUGCAGGUGAUGGAGACUCGCAAGACGAGACUUGGGGUGGACCACCCCUCUACGCUGACCAGCAUGCAUAAUCUGGCGUAUACCGUCAAAAGUCUUGGCCGUCGUUGCGAGGCGCUUGAUUUAAUGACAUGCUGCGCUUCUCUUCGCGAGCGUGUUCUUGGCUCACAACAUCCCGACACUAAGUCUUCCAAGGAAGCAACAGAAUUGUGGCAGCAAGAUGAUUGA